AUGGGAACCGUCAACCAAACGAAGGUGACAGAGUUCAUCAUCGUGGGCUUCCCAAACACCCAGCGCUUCCGUCUUUUCCUCUUCCUUUUGCUCUUCUUCAUCUAUCUCUUCACCAUCUUGGGCAACCUGAUGGUUUUCAUGGUCAUCCGCCUUGAUCCUCAGCUCCAUACCCCCAUGUACUUUUUCAUCAGCGUAUUGUCCUUCUUGGAGGUCUGGUACACCGCAACCAUUAUUCCCAAAAUGCUCUCCAACCUUCUGAGUGAGGAGAAGCACAUCUCUUUCACUGGAUGCCUCCUGCAGAUCUAUUUCUUCCAUUCCUUGGGAGCCACUGAAUGUUACCUGCUCACAGCCAUGGCAUAUGAUCGCUACUUGGCCAUCUGCAACCCACUCCGCUACCCAGCCAUCAUGACCACCAAGAUGUGUAUCAAGUUAGCUGCCAGCUGCUGGAUCUGUGGCUUACUUGGCCCCAUUGUAGAAAUCAUCUUGGUUUCAAAGCUUCCUUUCUGUGGCCCCAACAAAAUCCAGCACAUCUUCUGUGACUUCCCACCGCUGCUCAGCUUGGCCUGCAAUGACACUUCCGUCAACGUUUUGGUUGACUUCGCUGUUAACGCUUUCAAGAUCCUGUGCACCUUCUUCCUGAUCUUAAUGUCAUACCUCCUGAUCAUCAAAGCCAUCCUGAAGAUCAGUACAGUGGCUGGAAGAAAGAAAGCCUUCUCUACAUGUGUCGCGCACCUCACUGUGGUGCUGAUUUUCUUUGGAAGCAUUCUAUUCAUGUAUGUCCGUCUGACAAAAAGUUACUCCUUGGAUUAUGAUAGGGUUCUGGCUGUCUUCUAUGCCAUCCUGACCCCUUCACUUAAUCCAAUUAUUUACAGCCUGCGAAACGCGGAAAUCAAAACAGCCUUACAGAGAAGAAUUACAUGCAAGAUAUUUAAUAUUCAGUUGCCAAACAACACUUGA